ACUGCCGACUGGCAGGCAUUUAUAAGGGGUGACUGCUGCCGUAAACAAGACGCUGCAGUGCAGGUUGCACGCACGCACAGGAGAAUGAAAAGUAAUUAACGGUGCCGUUCCAGUUCGAUUCGGUUCGAUUUGUGAGACAAAGUCUCCUCGGGAAUCGUUUCUUCGUGAUUUGACCGAUUUCUUUGUAUCCAGCUUGACGCAACCCGACGAGUCGACGAUCAGGAUAAGCGAGGAAUCGUGCGAACAUCGCACGUUAGACAGCCAAGCGCUUAUACUGCGGAGAGGUAAAUUUUCAGACUGUAACAAAAUUAACAUAUUGUCGUUAUUUUUUAAUUCAAGAUAAAAUUCGAUAGCAAAAGAAAAACAAACAAAAAUGCCAAGCUCACAGUUCCAGUCUUUUGUUUACAUAGGUUGUAAUUGAUCGCCGAUCAAAAUACGAUUACUUCGAACGCUUACGUGAAGAUGCGAUUAUAACCUCAAGGACUCGCAUCUUUUUCGCAUUUCCAAAUAAGAUUCGUCGUCAGCAGUGUCAGUGGAUAACUAAGAGCUAAAAAAUGGAUCAGAUGCUUCCGAGUCCGGGCUUCAGCAUACCCAGCAUCGGCACGCCACUGCAUCAGCCGGAGGAGGAUCAGCAGAUCCUGCCGAAUGCUCUGCAGCAGCAGCAACAGUCGCAGCAGUUCCAGCAGCAGCUGCAGCUACACUCGAUGAGCCCCAACAUGCAGAGCGGCAUGCUGAUGAUAACCACGCCGCAAAAGAACAUGCACACGUACGCACCGACUCCAACGUUUGCGACGCCGCAGAGUCUUAUGCAGCCGCAGACGCCGCAAAACAUGAUGUCUCCGAUAGUACCACAAAACAAUCAAAUCGCGCCGCCAUCGAUAGGUCCCGCGACCCCAGGGCCAAUGACACCAAUGACUCCAGCUUCCGCAGAUCCUGGAAUAUUACCGCAGCUGCAAAAUAUCGUGUCUACCGUUAACUUAAAUUGCAAACUGGACUUGAAGAAAAUAGCGCUUCAUGCUAGAAACGCCGAGUAUAAUCCGAAGAGGUUUGCGGCUGUAAUCAUGCGAAUAAGAGAACCAAGGACCACCGCGUUGAUAUUCAGUAGCGGCAAGAUGGUUUGUACAGGCGCCAAGAGCGAGGGGGAUUCGCGUCUCGCCGCCAGAAAGUACGCAAGAAUUAUUCAGAAAUUAGGUUUCCCCGCAAAGUUCCUAGAUUUUAAGAUCCAAAAUAUGGUCGGCAGCUGUGAUGUUAAGUUUCCAAUUAGAUUAGAAGGUCUAGUGCUCUCUCACGGACAGUUCUCGUCGUACGAACCAGAGCUAUUUCCGGGUCUGAUAUAUAGGAUGGUCAAGCCUCGAAUUGUAUUACUCAUAUUCGUCUCAGGAAAAGUGGUAUUAACAGGUGCAAAAGUUCGUAAGGAAAUUUAUGAGGCCUUCGACAACAUCUAUCCAAUCCUGAAGAGCUUUAAAAAGCAGUGAUUCUGCACGUUUUUUUUUUAUAUAUAUAGUUUAAUGUAAUAAUUUGUUUCCAACCAUCUCCAUUUCUAAUAGAUUAUAGUUAUUUUGUAAUAUGAAGUCACAUAGAUGAUAGCAAAUUAUAUCUAUCUUUGUCGUUGAAUUGCGUGGUUAAAUACCUCUGAUUAUUCAAUACGCAGAAUGUUUAAAAAUCGUUGGACAUUCUUGCUGCAGAUCUUUUCCAGUCUACACGAAACCGAUCUUUUCUUAAUGAAAAACUUGAAUGAUUUACAUGAUUUUGAAAUAGUAAGCGUCGAAACUUUUGCUUAUCAAACUUCGAGAGAGUAGUAGAUGAGAAAAUAUUCUUCCAUUCAGUUGUAAGUUUUCUUGUAAUAAAUUCCUCGAUACUGAAGAAAGAUCUUUAAAUAAAUAAAAUAAAUGGUUAAAAAAAUA